CUAUGUUUUACCAAUUUUACUGUUGACAAUGAAAAGAUCAGCUUCAAAAAGUGCAUCUAAUGAUGUGAACAAGGGAAGUAUAGAUUGGGAGCUUAGACCUGGUGGUAUGCUUGUUCAGAAGAGACAACCUCUUGAGUCCUCUUCUAGUCCUAUGAUCAAAAUCAAGGUCUCUCAUGGUUCUAAUCACCAUGAGGUUACUGUUCCUGCACAAUCCACUUUUGGGCAUCUCAAAGGGGUCCUUGCAUCCGAGACUGGCCUAGAGCCUAAGGAACAAAGGUUACUAUUUAGAGGAAAAGAGAAGGAGGAUGAAGAAUGCUUGCAUAUGGUGGGAGUGAAAGACAUGUCUAAAGUUAUAUUGUUAGAGGAUCCAGCCUGCAAAGAGAGGAAGCUUGAGAUGCAGAGGAGUGAAGAUAUCUUAAAGGCCUGCGAAGCAAUCUCCAGUGUCAAAACAGAAGUUGACAAGCUAUAUCAAAAGGUGGUUGCUUUGGAGAAGAUUGUUAGUGGUGGUUCUAAGGUUGAAGACAAAGAAUUUGUUAUCUUGACAGAAUUGCUAAUGGUUCAACUGCUUAAACUGGACUCCAUUGUAGCUGAUGGAGAAGCCAAAGCACAGAGAAGAGUAGAGGUUCAUCGGGUACAGAGUUAUGUAGAGACAAUUGACAACCUAAAGGCAAGAAAUUAUAAUGCAUUUAGCAAUUCUGCUAACAAUGCAGUCUCUGUGAUCACCAAAUGGGAUGCAUUUGGAUCAGAAGUUGGAAGCUUGAAGUCACCAACCCCAAUUCAGUCGUCAACUGUGAUUACUCAAAAUUGGGAGCUAUUUGAAUAAAUAGAAG